CCCCCCCCCCCCACACCUCGGUCCUUCGCGGACGUGAACACACCUGAGGACAACCGGGAAAUUUGGACGCUGUACGCUCAUCAGUUCAACUGCUGACACGGCGAGAAACAGACGCAAGUGAAAAUGAAGACGCCAGACGUUCUUUUGGUUUGUGGAGUUGUAAUUCUGUCUGCGAUUAUUUCAGCUACAGGUGAUAAACCGUCCAGGGUGGUGUGUUACUUCAGCAAUUGGGCCAUCACACGUCCGGGUGUUGGAAGCUACAGGAUAGACGAUGUUCCAGCAGACCUCUGCACUCAUCUGAUCUACUCUUUCAUCGGAGCGAGCAACGUUACGUGGGAGGUGUUGGUUAUUGACCCAGAGAUUGACUUGCAGCUGACUGGUUUUGCUAACUUCACGGCUUUGAAGAAGAGGAUUCCUGGACUCAAGACGGAGGUAGCGUUGGGAGGAUGGGCAGAGGGAGGAAGGAAGUAUUCCGGGCUAGUAUCCGUCAAAGAAAGGCGUGACUCUUUCAUCGCUAGUGUAGUAGAUUUCAUGAACCAAUACGGAUUCGACGGAUUUGAUCUGGACUGGGAAUACCCUGGAGCUGCGGACCGGGGUGGCAGUUACUCCGAUAAAAACAAUCUCUUCUUCUUCGUCGAGGAGUUAAGGACGGCUUUCGAAAAAGUCGGCAAAGGCUGGGAGAUAACCAUGGCCGUACCACUUGCCAAAUUCAGACUCCAAGACGGCUACCAUGUUCCUGACCUCUGCGAACUGGUGGACGCUAUCCAUGUUAUGUCGUACGAUUUAAGAGGAAACUGGGCCGGAUUUGCUGACGUGCACAGCCCUUUGUAUAAGAGACCGACUGACCAGUGGGCAUAUGAGGCUCUGAACGUAAACGACGGACUCCAGUUGUGGGUGAAUUCGGGAUGCCCACCGGAUAAGCUUGUGGUGGGAGUCCCGUUCUAUGGACGUACCUUCACGCUUAGCCAAGGAAGUAACAACUACAAUAUUGGCACGUACAUUAACAAGGAAGCUGGUGGCGGUGACCCUGGUCCUUACACUCAAGCACAAGGAUUCCUGGCUUAUUACGAGAUCUGUAAAUAUCUCCAAGAUGAUCCUGAAUGGGUAAAGAAUUACGAUGACAUUGGGAAGUGCCCUUACGCUUACAAAGGAACCCAGUGGGUUGGUUACGAGGACGCAGCCAGCGUCCAGAUAAAGAUGGACUUCAUAAAGGAGCGAGGGUACCUUGGUGCUAUGACCUGGGCUAUUGACAUGGAUGAUUUCCAAGGCCUCUGUGGGCCCAAAAAUCCGCUUAUUACCGUUAUGCACAACGGCAUGAAAGACUACAUUGUCCCAACACCUCACGUUUCUACAACAGCUCGGCCUGAGUGGGAUAGGCCACCCAGUACCACACCAUCUGGUGGUUCAGCUACCACACCAAAAGCCGCUGCUGCUACUACUACUACUACUACUACUACUACUACUACUACUACUACUACUACUACUACUACUACUACUACUACCACACCAAAGGGCACUACUGCCUCCACCAUCACACCAGAACUCACUACUGCAUCAACCAAUACACAGACUACGACACAAGCUCCAAGUACACAAGGACCUGUCCCUGGAGACGAACCCGAUUGCUCUAAUGCAGAUUAUCUACCGGCUGUUCAGUGCGAUAAGUUUUAUCAAUGCUCCUUUGGUAAAGCAAUUCAACUGUCGUGCCAAGGUGGAACUGUCUGGAACCAAGUACUCAAGGUCUGCGAUUGGCCUGAACACUCUUCUCGAGCUGAGUGCCAAAAUGCCGGAAACGAAUUGUAAAUCGAAACACGGAUGAGAAUUUCCCACACGUAACAAUUGCUCAAAACAAUGUAAAUAAACCAAAACAUUAAACAUUUCAGGUAUACCAAAAUAAUAAACAUAUAGAUUAGAAUGCUUGUAUACAUAUCUGCUUCAUUAAACUGUUAUUAGCAAGUAUA